AUGUAUGCUCGCAGCAAUGCAUCCAGCGAUGCGAGCGCGCCACCAGUCGUCCGCUCGGCGCUAGGCUCCCUCAAGCGAACAUGGUCGGGCAACCAGCAGGAUCUCGGCUCGUCAGCGGCAAGCACGACCAGCAGCAAGUCGGCAGUCGCACCCCAAUCCAGCCAGGAGAUCUUCUAUGAAUGGUCUGACUCGCCCUCGCCACCGCAACGGCAUGCAACGCUCAACAAGCAAAGCACCGACUCGGACAAGGAGAACGGCUCAUCCGCUCCGCCCGGCAAGAAGUCCAAAUCCGCAGUGGACGUGGCCGUAGCAUCGAUUCCAGCAAAAGCGGCUCAGCCACAGACGGGCUUCGUGCCAGCUUCGACCAUCGCGCGAUCAUCCAACUACAACAGCAGCGGAAACUCAGCACCUUACAACGCAGGCUCAGCACCCUACAACGGAAGCCGACCCAGCCAAGGAUAUGCGAAUCGUCAGCAAUACAAUGCUCCGUCGUAUCCUCGUCAGAACUCGCAUCCAUCGAUGAGCACCGACCUUGCAACACAGUUCUCAUACGACCGCAACCAAGCUCGCAACGGUUCCAGCGCCAACGCAUCCGGAUCAAGCAGACUCACCAUCCCGCCUCCCAGCAGCGGUCCCUCGAAUGCAUACGCGCGCACCUCUUCCGCACCCUCCAUGCCCUGGAUGAAGACGGCGUCUCAACUCAAGAAUGAACGACGCAACGACCCUGACGCCUAUCAAGCCAGCUCCCUGAUCGCGUCCUCGUCAAGCCGAGCCUCUCCGAGCGCCAUUCCCAGUGGCGCACAGAACGAAAAGAAGCAGGAAGUCAACAAGAUCUUCCUCUCGCAGGAGCAGCGCAAAGUGCUGCACAUGGUCGUCGAGGAGGGCAAGAACGUCUUCUUCACUGGUUCGGCGGGUACUGGUAAAUCCGUGCUGUUGAGAGAGAUCAUCAAGGAGCUGCGUCGGAAGCAUGCCAAGCGGCCCGACUCGGUCGCCGUUACUGCAUCUACGGGCAUCGCCGCCUGCAACAUUGGCGGUGUUACCAUCCACAGCUUUGCCGGCAUCGGUCUUGGCAAGGAGCCCGUCCUCCAGCUGAUGAGCAAGAUCCGCAAGAACCGCAAGUCGUCCGCCCGAUGGCAGCGCACCCAGGUGCUCAUCAUCGACGAGGUGUCCAUGGUCGACCCCGCCCUUUUCGACAAGUUGGAAGAGGUCGCUAGGCUCAUCCGAAAGAAGCCCGACAAGCCCUUCGGCGGUAUCCAAGUCGUCAUCACGGGCGAUUUCUUCCAGCUGCCGCCCGUGAACCCUGGCGGCAGCGUCACCUUUGCCUUCGACGCGCAGAGCUGGGACAAGGUAGUGCAGCACAAGGUCAACCUGACGCAGGUUUUCCGUCAAAAGGACGAGUCGUUUGUCACCAUGCUCAACGAGAUGCGAUUUGGCCAGCUGUCGACCAAGACCAUCGAGGCUUUCAAGAAGCUAGAGCGGAUCCCGAGAUACGAAGACGGCAUCGUCCCGACUGAGCUCUUUCCCCGACGCGAGGAUGUCGACCGAGCCAACAUGGACCGUCUCUCCGCGCUGCAGAGCGAGAGUCAGACGUAUCGAGCGCAGGACGGCGGCAGUCUCCCGGCCGAGGCACGCGAACGGGUUCUUCAGCAUUCGAUCGCGCUGCCGGUGGUGCACCUCAAGAAGGGCGCCCAGGUGAUGCUCAUCAAGAACCUGGACGAGACGCUGGUCAACGGAUCGGUCGGCAAAGUGAUCGAUUUCAUGGACGAGACCGAGCACGAAAAGAAGCUGGGGAUGCUCGACAUGCCCGAGGGCGGCGAGAAGGAGGGUACGGACAAAGGCCCACGCAUCUCGACGCGCAAGUGGCCUCUGGUGCGCUUCGUGCUGCCCAACGGCCAGACGCGCGACUACCUGGCCAAGCCUGAGUCGUGGAAGACCGAGCUGCCGGAUGGCGAGGUGCAGGCAUCGAGACAGCAAGUGCCGCUCAUCCUGGCAUGGGCCAUGUCGAUCCACAAGUCGCAGGGCCAGACGCUACCUUGCUGCAAGAUCAACCUCAAUCGGGUGUUCGAGAAGGGUCAGGCGUACGUCGCGCUGUCGCGAGCUACGUCGUUGGAGGGGCUGCAGGUGCUCGGGUUCAAAGCGGACAAGGUGAUGGCCCAUCCGAGGGUCAUUCAGUGGAGUCGGUCGUUGAUCACGAUGAGCGAGUGA